AUGAGCUCCUGCGGCUUAGCUCUGGCACCUCCAGCCAAGAAUGUGGUGGUGUAUCGCAACGGUGACCCCUUCUUCCCUGGGAGGAAGUUUGUAGUGAACCAGCGGCGGUUCCUGACCUUUGAGGCAUUUCUGAACGAGGUGACCAAGAGCAUUCAUGCACCCUUGGCCGUGAGGAACCUCUACACACCCAGGCAUGGCCACCACGUCGCUGAGCUGGGGGACCUGCAGGACGGGUGCCAGUAUGUGGCUGCGGGCUUUGAAAAGUUCAAAAGGCUUGACUACUUAAAUCAUGGAAGGAAGGAGCUCCGUGGGACAACGAACAGCAAGGGUCUGCAGUUCCACACUGUAGCUCCCUGGAAGCCGAACGUCUUGGUGCGAUGGCAGAAGCACGCCCGCCUGCCCUGCACAAUACAUGUUUUCCGGAACGGGGAUUUGCUGAGCCCUCCUUUCCCACUGCCGCUCUCCAAGAGCACCCCACUGCAGUGGGACGUACUCCUGGCCGUGCUGACAGAGAAAGCCGACCUGCGCAGCGGAGCUGUUAACAAACUCUGCAGGCUGGAUGGAACCCAGGUGUCUGGUGGGGAGGAGCUGGUGAAUGGCGAUUACUAUGUGGCAGUGGGAAAUGAGGAGUACAAAAAACUGCCUUACUUUGAGCUACUGGUGCCCCAGGAUUCUGCGUGCAGAACACUGUGGAACCACCCAAACAGCAGGCACAAAAAGUACCGCAGAAGGUUUGGUGAACUCUGUGCCACCUCCCAGGACACAGCUGAAGAAAGUGUUUAUAAAGCCACAGACCCUAGGAAGGAGGUGCGAGGUGCCCAGCAAGUAAAAGAGGAUGAAUGCACAAGGGAAGACGUACCCACUGAUCAGGUAUGA